AUGUCGUUAGAAACUUUUAGUGGAAGAGACAAAAGAACAUUUCGAGAAUUAUAUCCAGAAAUUGAACCGUAUAAAAUUGGUAUGUUGAAAGUAUCUGAAAUUCAUAUCUUAUAUUACGAAGAAGUUGGAAAUCCUUCUGGUAAACCAAUUGUAUUUAUACAUGGGGGACCAGGUAGUUAUACGAAGUCAAGGGAUCGACGUUUUUUUGAUCCACAAGCAUAUAGAAUCAUAUUAUACCAUCAACGUGGUGCUGGUAAUUCAAUACCCAAUGGUUGUUUAGAAGAAAAUACAACAUGGGAUUUAGUCGAGGAUUUAGAGAAAUUACGUAAACAUUUAAAUAUUGAUAAAUGGGUUUUAUUCGGUGGUAGUUGGGGAUCAGCAUUAGCUUUAGCUUAUGCUGAAACAUAUUCUGACUAUGUUAAAGCAUUAAUAUUGCGUGGAAUAUAUUGUUGUCGUCGGAAAGAAUUAUUGUGGUCUUAUCAUGAAGGUGCUUCAAUGAUAUUUCCUGAUACCUGGGAAAAGUUUUUAGAACCAAUACCAAAAUGUGAACAAGGCGAUUUAAUGUCAGCAUAUCAUCGUCGUUUAACCAAUAAUGAUGAAAAGGAUAUAUUAAAAUUUGCUAUUGCAUGGCGUCUAUGGGAAUCAUCAAUAUCAAAUUUAUAUGUUGAUCCUUCCAGUUUAGCUAAUGUAGCAGAUGAUGCCAAAUCUAUCAUUACCGUGUCCAAAAUUGAAGCACAUUAUUUUGUACAUGGAGCAUUUAUGAAUGAAGAUGAUCAGUUAUUAAAAAAUGCCGAUAAAAUAAAAGAUAUACCUGGUAUCAUUGUUCAAGGUCGAUAUGACAUGGUUUGUCCAGCUCGUUCAGCUUGGGAUUUGCAUAAAGUAUGGCCAAAAUCGGAAUUACAUUGGGUUGAUGAUGCUGGACAUUCAUCGAAAGAAAUUGGAAUUAUUCACGAACUAAUCAAUGCAACAGACAAAUUCAGAGGCUUAUAA